UCUGUCAUGGAAACUUUGUACAAGUCAUUCAAUAAAGAAGGGAUCACAUAAAGGUCAGCUUGUUAUAGUUGUGAAAAGGAAACUUCCUCUUGAGACAAUAACAGCUGUAUCUAUGAGUCCCUUGCAAGAUGAUUUCUUUGUGAUUCAUGUUGCUAAUGAUUUUGAUCCAGUCCUGGAGUCUGUUCUUAAAACUGAAUUCUUGACUCUCCUCUCUGAGAAAUAUAAACACUUAACACAAAACCAACUGAAGUUCCAAUUCAACAACAAUAUAACAGUGACACUCAAGAAGGAGGAGUUUGACUGGAGAGGAGGGAACACUCGUACUAUGCAGUUCCAUCAAGCAGGAGGUGAUAACCCUGUACUCAAACUCUCAGGGAAGACUCUUCAAGUCUCCAUUGGUCCAGGAUUACCCAGCAGCACUAGACCAUCCCAUCAGAGACUACCAGCUACCAAAGGAGGGAAGAGGCCAGGACUAGCAGCUCCUUCUUAUCAGCAACAAUCAAGAGGACCUCAACAGAAUUUGUCAAUAGCACAGAGAGGGAGAUCACCGAGUAGUAAGAGCAGUUUUGUUAAAGGACGGACUCCAUCACUUCACUCAAAGGGAGCUAAGGGUAAGGCACGUAGGGACUCCAGUAACACUGACUACUCACAGGCUGAAUUCAUGAAGACACCUCAAGGAGGAGGGUAAGAGGAUUA